AUGGGUUGUGUAACCCAAAAGUCUUCGAAAAGGUUUUUUACCAAAGAUGAUUUACUCGAAUUACAAAAACACUCUGAAGAGUUACAUGAAAAGCGUGUCAAGAUUCUCAAAUGGAUGGAGGGUGGUGUUCAAUAUUCAACAAAGAUUCCUAAUCAUACAAAAGUUAAAUGGAAAAACACCGAAGAAACUGAACAGCCCCUGUAUUGGCAAGAGGCGUGGGGGAGAGAACAACAAUUAGUUCAGCAUCCUUCAUUGAUAGAUUCAUGUAACUCGAAACUAUCAUGCAUAACAUUAAUUGAUGAAAAUCUUCGGCUUCCAUCUGAAAAAGAAAUCGAGUUAUUUUGGAGCGAGUUUCAUACGAAUAAUAUACUCUGA